AUGGGACUGUAUUUACGCGGCGGAAUCUUGCCAAACAACUCGGGUCAUCGGCGGCCUCGACGUCGGGAAGUCGCGCUCAUCGUCUCUGACCGUGUCCACCGCCUGUCCAUGCCGCCAGGACCGGCGUACAGCUGGUUCUGCGUGCUAAACUCUGCCGCUGAAAUACUCUCUCAUGCUGCGCGACAUAGAGCGGACCAGUUUGCACCGACGGCGGCGGUAGCUGCGAAUGCAAGUCCUCGAAAACGGAGACGAACUGAGGAACCAGUGGAAGCUACGCGUCCAGUAAAGGUCCAUGGCGAAGGAUCUAUUGCAAAAGACGCGACUUUAGCCCCAGAAGCCCUGGCAGAACAUGGAACUGUCGACCCGAUCCUGCCCAAACUCGACGAGGCGCCGACACCAGCAGACGAAAAACCACCGGCGCUGCCAAGGAUGCCUCCGCAAGUGCACUCAGAGUUGCGUUCAGCCACUGAGCUCAUCUUGAAGACAGCCCGAAAGCCUCUCGCUGUGUUAGAAAUGGAUAGGACUGUCGAUGUACUGGCCGAGGAGAUUGUUUCGGCAUCUCUACCACACCCGAUACCUCCAUCUGUCUCUCGUAACUUGAAAUCUUCCAAAGUACCGUCGUCGCGGAUAGGAAGAUUAUUUCACUACGGAGGCUUAGCAGCGUCCCUUGGAUAUGGCGCUGCGUCAGAGAUAAUACGACGGACUGGGUCGAGUUCUGAGGGCCAGUCGUCGGUUAUGAUGACUGAGGCAAAUAUCAAGCGCCUGGUGUCGAAGUUAUCUCAGAUGAGAGGAGCGGCUCUGAAGCUUGGGCAAUUCAUGAGCAUACAAGACACGCACGUCCUCCCUCCGGAGAUUGACAAGAUAUUCCGGAGAGUGCAAGACAGCGCGCAUUACAUGCCCGACUGGCAAAUGGAGCAAGUCAUGACCUCAGCCCUCGGGCCCUCCUGGCAAACCAAUUUCGCGCACUUCGACCGACUCCCCUUUGCCGCCGCCUCCAUCGGCCAAGUUCACACCGCCAUCCUCUCGCCUUCCGUCUCUGCCACCGGCAGGCCAGAGCCCGUCGCCGUCAAAAUCCAAUUCCCCAACAUCGUCAACUCGAUAGAGAGUGACCUUGGGUACAUUAAGCUCCUCCUUACCGCUGCCAAACUGCUGCCAAAAGGGUUGUUCCUGGAUAAGACGAUCCAGGUGAUGAAGGGCGAGCUGGCGGACGAGUGCGACUAUGUGCGCGAGGCGGGGUUCUUGAGGGCGUUUGGGACGCCGGAGUAUUUGGGGGGUGACGAGAGGUAUAAGGUACCGUGGGUAUGGGAGGGCAGCACUGCGACUGUGCUGGUUAUGGAGAAGGUGAAUGGGUUUAGUGUGGGUGAAGCGAAUGUUAAUAAUCUCAGUAAGAGGGAUCGAGACGACAUCGCCGCGAGGAUUAUCGAGCUCUGCUUGAAAGAGCUAUUUGAAUUCCGAGCUAUGCAGACCGACCCUAACUGGACCAACUUCCUUUGGAAUCCAGAAUCCCGCCAGGUUGAACUCGUCGAUUUUGGUGCGACGCGCACAUAUACGAAGGAGUUUAUGGACAACUGGCUCCAUCUACUCCAAACCGCUGCCUCGGGCGAGAAGGAUGCAUGCAUCGAAUGGAGCAUCAAACUUGGCUAUCUAACUGGCGAAGAGAACGAAGUCAUGCUUGACGCGCAUGUCAACUCGAUGACACUCCUCGCCGCGCCGUUCAAAGCCGACACACCUCAACCCUUCUCGUUCGGGCAAGGCACACAAUGGUCAGAAAUUACUGCUCAAAUCCGUGCUCAAAUCCCUGUGAUGCUGGAGCACCGUCUCACACCGCCGCCUAAGGAGACGUAUAGCUUGAAUCGGAAACUGAGCGGAGCGUUCCUUCUUGCGUCCCGGCUUGGGGCGACUAUUGACACGAAGGCGAUAUGGGACAAGGUGGUCGACAAGUACGAGUUUGGCUCAUCGCAGUGA